AUGCAGCAGCAAGGUGUGGAAGUGGCCGUGAGGUAUUAUCCCUUCAUGAUUGACCCCUCCACCAAGCAAUCUGGUGAGGACAAGGCAGACUAUUGCAGGCGUCGUGGGUGGGGCGGUGGCUGGAAGCCUCCAGAUUUGAGGCAAUGGAAGUGGUGGCCCAACACGGAGAAUGCCCAUCGCCUAUGCACAUAUCUCGAUGAGCUCCAUGCAAAGAUGCCGGAGCUCAGCGAGAAGGAGAAGGUUGAGAGGAGCCAUGCGUUGAUGCGCAAGUUCUAUGAGCUUACCUACGACCGUGAUUGCAACAUCUCGGUUCCGGAGGGGGCCGCCCAGGCCAUCGAAGAGCUCGGCUACGGCUCCGCAAAGGAGGCGGUCACGUGGUUGAACAGUGGGGGUGGACUACCCGAGCUGCGGGAGGCGUUGCGCCAGGCACGCUCCGAAGGUGUUCACAGCGUGCCCCAGUACU